UUUUCAAUACGAAUGUAAAAUGAAUCGUUACACAUCAUGACGAUUUAUCGUGCAAUAUGAUUCAUGGAAAGUAACCAACUAACUGAAUGCAUUGUGGAAUGUUCCGACGAAGUUCCGGCCCAUUUCGCUCAGAUAAGUGCAACGACGCAUUGAGGACAGUUCUGCAUUUGUAGCGAGUUUAUUAAGGAAGGAAACGUUUGCGUCCAAAACUGUUAUAAAAUGUCAGUCUUCUAAAAAUGUAUUUUGAGACAGUUUAUGGAUUUAUGAUUUUUUAUUUUUGCAUUGAAAAAGUAACAGCGCUUUCAUAUCGACCAAUUAAUUGGAGCAAAGCACCAAUUAAGAGUAUUUAUAAUAAAGAACGAAUGCGUUAUCAUCCAGCCUACAAUGAAGCUAUCCCAGCUUUAUGUGAUUUAACGGAAAAUUGUGAUAUCUGUUGUAGUGAUCCGGAUUGCAGUCAGCGUGACAAAGAAGUCUUCAUUUGCACAUCAAACAAUGAGGUGCAGUCAGAUUAUGAUUCACUUGCAUGUGAAAAGCAUCACCUACAUUCUCUGCACAAUGGAUGGUUUCAUCUUCUGUGCUAUGUUACUGCUAAUUCACCUUACUUGGGCCAAUACUUCAUCGAAAUGAAGAAAAUUGUUUCACUCCCAGUCCUGAAUGCAUUGGUGGAACAAAAGGAGAGAAAAAACAGUUUCUACAAUGAUGCCAACUUGCCAUCUGAUGCAGUAAUCAGGAACAGUCAGUACAUGUAUGGGGAACCAAUUAAGCUGAUAUGGAACACUGGUUCAGACUUUUCUCUCAGGUACAGCAGCUAUUUUGAACUACCUCAAAAUUUGUUAAGCAUGGGUAGUGGGUCAUGUGUUCUUUCACAGGAAGUAAAAUACCUAGUUAAUAGUAAUGCAACAUGUGUUAGGAAAAUAUCAAAGGAAACAUGCAAUAAUAAUAUAAGUUCUUAUUUGAGUGUUGCUCCAUAUGCUUUGUUAGGAGAUGAGGAUUUUUUCACAAUUCAGUUACCUGCUGUUGCAAAAGGUAAGUUUUCCACAGACUCAACAGAAACAAGAACGAAGUAUGUUUGUUUGAAAAAUGGAUCAGAUUAUGUGACAUUUUCAAAGAAUAUAUUCAUGAAGGCUGCUGCUGAAUCAGAUUAUCAAGUGAAUGAUGACUCCAAUACUACUGAUUGUGAAGAUGUAAAUGAUCAGCUAUUGUCUACUUUCUACAAUGAUUCAAUAAAUGUUUGUGGGAAUGUGCUUAUUUCUGCUGAUUAUAAUUUCAUCUGGAAGGGUAGUGAGAUAGUGAUGUUAAAUGUUGUAUAUAUGUUGACUGAUGUGUUCUUACCUGAAAUAUCAAUGGGGAGAGGUAGAAAAGCACCAGCAGAAGGUGUGGGAACUACUAAUAUAAAUAGUCCAAUACUAAGUGAUACAAUAGAACUGUAUGUCACACAAUAUUUCUCAGUCAGUUAUCAUUAUUAUUCAUAUAAUUCAUCUGCUUAUAAUGAAACUGAAACAAAUUAAUUACUUCCUGAUUAUUGCCUGUAGUAAUGAGGGUAGUGAGUGAUAGUUUCAAUAAGAUUUCAUAUGAUGAGACACUGGUGAUAUUAUUCAAUUGUUAAUAAAUUGCCAGGUUUGUGAACCUGUUGCCAUCAAUUUCAGUAAUACAGCAAAUACUAAUUUCUGGUUUGGAAACAAAUCUAUAAUCUUUUAUAGGAUUUUCUUGUACUUUAUUAUUGGAAAACUGUUAAGGAAAGAAAUGUAAAUAAGUUUCCAAACCCAAGACCAGCUGCUUAUUUUACAUAGCUUUACCACAAUAUUUAUUUUUCAGUACUGAAAAGGGAAGUGCUGUAUCUUGAAGGUAUUCUGAGAAGGAGUUUAGGGAGCAACUUCUGAUACACUGCAUAUAAUUUAAUUGAAAAAAAGUAAUACAGAACAGUUACAUAAUGCAUAAAAUCCGUGUUUACAUAAAGAAUGUUAGGAGUAGCAGCAAUGAUAGAAAGAUUUGCGUCUAUCAUGACUUACAUUGGUUGAAAGCUUCAAAGCUAAUUUGUGACAUAAUCAUAAUGAAACAUAUCACCACUGGCUCCUUUUUUUGUUAUUCCCUUUUUUUGUUAUUCCGUAUUUUCUAAAUAUUUUUAAAACACUUUGUACCUUAAUUUGGCAUGGUUCGUCAUUGUACAUCUACAUGUCUACUCUGCAAGACAUCUCCUGAUGUGUGGCGGAGGGUAGUGGGUGCAUCAUUCCCAACUGCCAUUGUCCCUCUCCUGUUCCAGUAGUAAAUAGUGUUUAUGAACAACAACUAUCAGUAAGCUCCUUCUUAACUUCAAGUUUCUCUUAUUUAACUGCAUUACUCAUAUUGUGAAGUAUAUGCUGUAGUAAAUUAUAUUAGUUUGAGUUGUCUUGGAAUGAGUACUCUUCAGAUUUUAAAAAUAAACCAAUAUGAUACCCCUUUCUUGCUAUAUCAGGCACAAGAGAAGGGAGGAGCAUCUGCAUGACACUCUCACUGGAAUGAAUCUCUGAUAAAACUUGCAGUUUGUGUGAAUUUUGAUCAUUUCUCAAUUAAUACUAUCUUGUUGGUCUUCUAGACCAGCAAAUAAUACUAAAAACAAAAAAAUGCUCAAAUUAUGGUGCAGUAAAUUACCUACUUUGUAUCUCCAGUGUCCACAUUGCUUGAGGAACUGAAUUUUAUAUGGUACAUAAUACACCAAUAAAAGUAAUUGCUUAAUUCUUGGAUUAACAGGAAAUCACUUGUCUCUAUAAGAAACAGAUGUUCUCUGACGAAAUUUGUUGAGACAGAGGUACUACAAGGAUCAGUUCUCGGACAAUUCUUUUUCAUAAUUGCAAUCAUCAAUUUGCCACAUCAUGUUCCACAUUACUACAUAUGUAGAUGACACAACAAUAACUGCAACCCAUCAAGACACACCAGUCUUACAAAAAAUGUCACUGGAAUCACAAGAAUCUGCUGUAAAAUGGUUCUCCUCUAACAAAUUUUCUGUUAGAAUUAUCUAAAAAUAUAGGAAACAGAACAAUUAAACUUACAGGAUUCUAUAUUGGCUCAAAGUUGACACAGAGAGGACACAUCAGUCAUAUUUGCAAAAGAAUAUCAUGGGUAAACUUAAGAGACAUAGUUAUUAGCACUUCCGAAUAUUUAAGACUGACAUAUUUUGGACUGUUCCAAUCCCACAGUCCUUACGGACUGCUGGUAUGGGGACUCUUUUCACAUAUAAGUGAUAUAUAGAAGAUAAAAAAAAUCACAAGAGAAAUGUGUGGGGCUGGACUGAAAGACUAUGCUUGACCUCUGUCUAGAAACCAUAAUGUAGUCACAACUGUAAGCCUGUGUUUCUGUAUAUGUAUGUAAUCAUUGCUACACAUUAAACUGAAUGUAAAAUAAUUUCAAAUCAGAGGAGAUUCACCAGAACAACUCUUUGAUGAAAAUUAAACUGGGUAUUCCAAGACAGAGACUGCUAAAAGUAGCCUCCUCACACAGAGUUAGCCCUCUAAAAAUCUUUAAUAAACCACCACUCUCAGCAUGGUCAGUUUGUAUUUAUUGGGCUGAAAAAUCUACUUUAUAAUAUAACAGAAUUUUUUGAAGUACCAAUUGUGAAGAUAUGUUAAAAUUCAAAAUGUAUGAAUAACUGUCAGUAAUUGUGUCUGUAAUUAAGUACAGUGUACUCCCGAUUAUUCAUGUGUGGAAUAUUCGGUUAGUGGAUUAUUCAUGUAUAAAAAAAAGCACAUGCAUUGCACUGGGGUACCAGCUGUACGGGUUGCCGGCCGCAAGGGGCAAUGAUGCACGUAAUGAGUUUAAAUUUCAUAGAAUGGCUAACACAUGAGUUACAGUGUUAAUUCAGCCGCCAUGUUGACAGUUGUCAGAACAUUGAGAGGAGCCAGUCUGUCGUUUGUCUGUGUGGUAAGUGAACUGCUUUAUUUGGUGAAUCCUUUAAUUUAUCUUUGCAGUUUGUUCAGUGGAAUAUAAAUUAAACAUGUCUAAUGUGUAUUUAGCAUUCAGUUGCAUGAACUAAUUUAGAGAUGGGCAGAAAAUAUGAAACAGGACAUUGUUUUGAACUAUAACAAGUUACAUCUGCUCAGAUCACUUUGAAGAGAAAUAUGUGGAUGACACAAAUUAUCAGAGGUGUCUUUUGUCCAAUGCAAUCCCAACUGUCUUUAAUUUUCCACAACAUUAACAACAAAGAGAAGGUGAAAUCCCAUAACCAGGACCCAGAAAGUGAACUUUUGACAAUUUGUACAAUAAUAGUCGUAAUGAGUCAUCAGUAUCACACAGUAAGUCUAUAAUUUAAUAAUUAUACUGCUUUUACAUUCUUUGCCAACAGCCAUGCCAUGGUGAUAUCACUGGUUCCUGUUAGAUCACUGAAGUUAAGUGCUGUCAGGCUGGGCUAGCAUUUGGGUGGGUGACCAUCUGGGUCUGCUAUACGCUAGCGGCAAGCGGGAUGCACUCAGCCUAUGUGAGGUCAAUUGAGGAGCUACUUGAUUAAGAACUAGUGGCUCAUACCCAUUCAUAUCCACAUCCACUGACACCUAUCAGCUGAGAAUGAUACGGCGGUUGGUGAGUUCCAUUGGGCCUUCUGAGGCCUGUUCGGACGGACUUCUACAUAUUUUCAUGCAAAGAAAAUACCAUUUCUGUUAGCUAAUGCAAUGCACAUUUUGUAGUUUACUCAAUAAUCUUCACGUGGUGCCUGCUCAUUUUGCGUUGAAUGACAUUCAGUUUGCGAGCAAAAAGAAGUUAUUGAGGGUGGACGAAAAUGUUUUGAGUUGUCCCGCAGUUUUAUCUACAUCAAUAACUUAAUGCAUAUUUUGACUAAAACUUUCCUUGUUGCAGCCAGUGUGCACAGAAAUUUCCCCUGUUUACUGUUUUUUUUUGAAAGUAAAUAAUGCUAGCGUGAGCUAUGUGAAGUUAGUCAAUUUCAAGAGGGUGAAACAGCAGACAACAUCCUUGACUACAGAUAAAAUGGCAAACUGAUAUUCAUUUUGCUUCAAACAUUGCAGAUAUAUAGCCACUCUACAAAACUUAAGCUCUCUCAGCAGACACUAAGCCAUACCAGCAGCAGAAGAUGAAUGUACCAAGCUGCACCUGAGCUAGCGCAGAUAUCUGCUGCUGAUUCUGCCACUUCUACCUGUCCAGUAGACAGCAUUCUGAAUAUGUGUUUGAAAGUAUCUUGAUUUCUCAUGUUUUUCAAUUAGUCAUGUGUCUUCUCCGCCACAUUACCCUGAAUAAUUGGGAGUAUACUGUAUAUCAGAAUUAUAUAUAAAAGAUGAAUCCUAUUCCAUUGUAUAUAUAUGGUCAGUGACGAAUAAAGAUGAA